AUGUUCAGUAAUCUUGAAGUAGAUGUGAAUGGCCAACAGACCUUCUUUGUCAGCAUGAAUUUGAUUGCAUCUUUCUCUGGUAAGCUAUGGAAGCUGCUGAGUAAGUCAGAAAGAGGAAGCGUCAAGCUGAUAUUCGACGAAUUUCCAGGUGGUCCGGAGGGGUUUGAACUAAUACUUAGAUUCUGCUACAAUGGACGCAGAAUCGACGUAAGCCCUUGUAAUGUAUUUCUACUGCAUGCUGCCGCUGAAUUCCUGGAAAUUGAUGUGAAAGACGCUAUGAAAUACGUCGAGAGCGUUCACUUCUGGACAUGGUCUGAGCUUCUUGAGUGCUUGAAGCAGUGCCAAGAAUUGCUGUCUUUUAUCAAAUCUUGGUAUAUGGUUCAAGAACUCUUGGAUGCUGUUGUUGAAAAGAUUUCCAUGCUUAAUGUUUCCAGCCCCUUUGCAUUUUCUUGCUCGGAUGUACAGUUUUCUGGUGAUAUAAGUACUAAUAGCAGCAGGUCUAGUAGUUUUCACACCAUCAACUGGUCACGGGAUCUUGAGUUCUUGACCGUUGGAUUGUUUGAGAAAGUUGUGGGUACGAUGAUUUCGCGGAAACUAGACCAUGGGAUGAUCUGUUCUUUCCUUCUUCAUUAUCAGAGAGUGAAAUUCGCCGGCCUUUUAUCAGGCGACCACAAGUGCAAGAUCAUAGAGGUUAUGAUCAACUCUCUUUGCUCAGUCAAUGGAAGCUUUAUGAGGUUUCCCUUCAGAAAUCUAUGUUACAUGCUUCAAGCAUGCUUUACUUUGAAAAUGGAGAAACACUGUGCCAUGAGUUUAGAGAGAAUGAUCGGUCCCCGUCUGGACGAGGCUACGUUGGAUGAUUUGUUGUUUCCUUCGCCUCACAGAAAGACUUGUGCAUAUGAUGUGGAUUUGAUUCUGAGGCUACUGAAAGUAUUCAUCGGUGAAAGCAGAAAAACACGGUUGGUGCAGCGUUUGAAGGACGUCGGUUGUUUGAUUGAUAUGUUCCUUGCUGAAGUGGCUCCAGAUCCUCACCUCAAACCUUGCAAGUUUCUGGCCUUAGCCUCUGGUCUACCAGACACAGCACGAGAAUCCCAUGACAGAAUUUGUCAAGUAAUGGACAUGUAUUUUGAGGCUCACAACAACAUAAGUGAAGAAGAGAGAAUCAGAGUAUGUUCAGCCUUGAACUAUAAGAAGCUCUCAUCAGAAUCACUAGCAAACAUAGCUAAAAAUGCAAGAUUUCCAGCUUGUGCAUCAUCUGCUGCUCUAUUGUUUCUGCAAGCGAAGCUCAAAACUCGAUCCAAAGACGAAAAGGGUCCCGAAUUCGCAUGUAAUUCUUCAUUAUCUUCAAGCCUAGAUCAUGAACAGCUUUUAGUACAUUUCUCAAAGGGCAAAAUGCAGAAGAGGUCAGCAAAUGUUGGUAGGAGGAGUGAUCAUCAUGUAACAUGUCCAACAAGUUGCAAACCCUUGCCCAGACUAUGUUCUUGA